ACGUUCGUUAUCUUAUCGAGUCCACUCGACCGCUGAAUCUGAUCGUCUUCAGUCGAUCAGUCUAAUUUUUACUCUAAACUCGCGCGGAUCUUCGUCCAAUAUGGAGGAAUCGAUUGUGGAGACGUUGGAGAAUAAUAGCGAUGCAAUACCGGAGGAGGUGCAAGGGAAAUUGUCGAAAAUAUUCGAAAAAUACGAGCAAUUGAGCGACGAGGAGAAGAAGGAAUUCCAACAAGGCGCAUUUGACGUGUUGACCAAGACUCUGCGAAAAUUACGCGGCAACUCGAUUUUGCCCACGUGGCUUGCACCAUAUCAAUCUUAUAUCCUAUUCACUUUCGCGGUAUCAGUCAUAGGAUUUCUGCUCGUUAUUAUCGCCCGCCGAUUGUACUCGCGUACUUGGGAGCGAGAGGAACGUCAAAAAGAAAAGAGAAGACUCAAACAACAAAAAGCAGAAGCGAGACAACUAAAAGCGAUGAAGAAGAAGAAGCAGAAAGCAACGUAGCAUAUGCUCAAUCUUAUAUUUGAAUGAAAAAGAAACUUGUUGGCGAGAAACAAUUAAACGGAUUCUUAUAAUAAAUUUAAAAUCAAGA